AUGUCAAGUAGUCCCUUGCAAAAUAUUACUGUAAAUCCCAUACAAUAUACCAAACCUACACUGCUUACUCCUACCAACAUAAAUUGCGUAAAGGUCUGCCGGUCUUCAACAACGUCAACCACAACAACACCUAAAACUACCACAACUCCAACAUCAACAACGACACCAACAACUACAACCGCCACAACUCCCACUACUACAACGACACCAACAACCACAACCACCACAACUCCCACAACUACAACGACAUCCACAACCACAAUCACCACUCCCACUACUACAACGACACCAACAACCACAACCACCACAACUCCCACUACUACAACGACACCGACAACCACAACCACCACUCCCACUACUACAACGACACCAACAACCACAACCACCACAACUCCCACUACUACAACGACACCCACAACUACAUCUACAACUACACCGACCACCACUACGACACCCACAACUACAACAACUCCGACAACUACCACAACUCCCACUACUACAACGACACCAACCACCACAACCACCACAACUCCCACUACUACAACGACACCCACAACUACAUCUACAACUACACCGACCACCACUACGACACCCACAACUACAACAACUCCGACAACUACCACAACUCCCACUACUACAACGACACCAACAACCACAACCACCACAACUCCCACUACUACAACUACACCGACAACCACUACGACACCCGCAACUACAACUACCACGACAUCCACAACCACCACAACUCCCACUUCUACAACGACACCAACAACCACAACCACCACAACUCCCACUACUACAACGACACCAACAACCACAACCACAACUACACCGACAACCACUACGACACUCACAACUACUACAACUACAACAACACCAACCACUACAACUACCCCUACGACAACCACACCAACCACAACUACGAUAGACUGCGUUAAGGUGUGCAGAUCCUGGGGAAGGACUCCACUAUUUCCUACAACUCCGGACAAAAAGCCUGUAGCCACCGCUCCUUCUCCAUACAGUAACACAGCUCCACUAUGGGAAUCCGCCAUACUUAUUUUACCUUUUACCAUAUCGUUUGACAUAACUUGGAACGAUAAUUACCUAAAAGAGACCUCCAAUGACUACAAAGAUCUUUCCAGGAAGGUGAUAAAUAGGUUGGAAUACAUAUAUAAAGAUGUUCCUGGUUUCCGAAAAAUUACCAUUGUUCACUACAGACACGGCAGUGUAGUAUGUACAUACGCUGUUAAUUUGGACGUGACGUCACAGCGGGAUAAAACAUGGGACCAAACUUCAGCCAAAAUACAGCAAGUACAAAAACAGAUGGAUUCCAGUCCGAGUUUUAGUGGUAUAGGUGCCCUCAGUCAAGGAUACAUCAAGAUAAACCGCCACACUGAAUAUGCACAAGCUAUGUUGAGUCUCAAGUCACCGUGUAAGGCUGAGGGAAUAUGUGCUGUAGGAUACGACUGCCAUCACUCCGGGGGAGUAACAUCGUGUGUGCACAAAUGUAAAACAAAUAAUCCUUGUAGGAAUGGAGCACAGUGUUAUGUAAAUGAACAGAAUAAUAUCGGAUGCAGGUGUAAAACGAGCGACGAUUUUGUAUAUUAUGGAGAACAUUGCGAGAAUUCAGAUGAACGACUGACGAUGGAGUCCAGGUAUAUCAUCCUCUUAGCGUGUGCUGGUGGAGCAGUCCUGCUUAUAAUUCUCAUCUGUGUGUGUUGCCUCUGCGUCAAGAGAAAACCCUUAGAAAAAGGCGAAUACCAGUUUCAAGAACUCCGGGAUUCGUACAUCUAUCCUCCUAUAACGAACUUAGAAACAGAUAAUAGUUUUUCUGGUGCUGACAACAGGGCCUAUCAGACAUCAUUUGUGAGGGAAGAAGUGCCAGGCCCAUCCCAUCGACUUUCUGCCAGUGAAGCUAGGAAUGAUCACGUUUGUGAACAGAAUGAUCACGUUUGUAAACAGAAUGAUCACGUUUGUAAACAGAAUGAUCACGUUUGUAAACAGAAUGAUCACGUUUGUAAACAGAAUUAUCACGUUUGUGAACAGAAUGAUCACGUUUGUAAACAGAAUGAUCACGUUUGUAAACAGAAUGAUCACGUUUGUGAACAGAAUGAUCACGUUUGUGAACAGAAUGAUCACGUUUGUAAACAGAAUGAUCACGUUUGUAAACAGAAUGAUCACGUUUGUAAACAGAAUGAUCACGUUUGUAAACAGAAUGAUCACGUUUGUAAAAAGUAUGAUCACGUUUGUAAACAGAAUGAUCACGUUUGUAAACAGAAUGAUCACGUUUGUAAAAAGUAUGAUCACGUUUGUAAAAAGUAUGAUCACGUUUGUAAACAGAAUGAUCACGUUUGUAAACAGAAUGAUCACGUUUGUAAACAGAAUGAUCACGUUUGUAAAAAGUAA